UCGAAAAAGGUUUGAUUUUAAUUCAACGGAUAUAUUUGAUCAGUUUUUGCAUUAAGCUUUGAAUAAAUCUUUAUCAUAAUAAUUGAAAAUUAUUAUACAUAUUCUUAACUUACAAACAAACUCAAUACUUUCGAUAAAUAUGGAAAACUCAAUACAAUUGGAAAAGAAAAUUCAAGAAUUAAAUGCUGAUACCGAAUCAUUACCAUCAUGGAUUAAUAAAGAAUAUUUUACAGAAUUUUUAAAACAAAAUCUAAAAGAUUUUCAAAGUUUACAAACAUUUUCGGUGAAAAAAUCUACGAAAUCUGGUGAAAACUAUGCCUCAAAUUUAAUGAGAAUAAAAUUGGAGGUUAUCUUAGACGAUAAUUCUAGUAAAACUUUGAACUAUAUUUUAAAGACACCCUUACCCUCGGGAGAAUCAGAAUUUAUCGAUCACUUAUGGUCUUUAUUUCCUAAGGAAAUUGCUGUCUAUCGUGAAAUACUACCACGCUUUGAGAAUCUGUAUAGGAAGCAGGGUGUUAAUAUAACAUUUGCUCCCAAAUACUUUAUUUUACCCAAAACUGAAGGAUUAGAUGAGAAUGCUCUUAUAUUAGAGGACUUAAGUUAUUUGGGCUUUAGCCUACAAGAUCGUUUGGUGGGUUUAAACAUGGAGUAUACGGAAAUAGUUUUAAAAAAGUUAGCGGAGUUUCAUGCUGUCUCAGCACGUUAUGUUGAAGUCUAUGGAUCAUAUGAGCCUAUGUUCGAACAGCAUAUGUUUUCUGAAGAUACACGAACGUUAUAUGAAAAUGUUAAAAUUGAUUAUUACUAUGAUUAUAUAAAGGAAUAUAAGGGACAUGGGGAAUACAUUGAUUUGAUACCUAAAUUAUUGGAUAAUUAUUUAGAUCUAAGCAUAGCUGCCAGUACCACAAAUCCACAAGAUUUUAAUGUUCUAAAUCAUGGUGACUUUUGGUUGAAUAAUGUUAUGUUUCAACAUUCAAAAGAUCAAAUACAAGAGACCUAUUUUAUUGAUUUUCAAUUAUGUAAAUAUGGUUCACCCGCUUUGGAUCUCUAUAUGUUUCUUUUGUCAGCCACUCAAUUGGAUAUUAAACUCAAAUAUUUUGAUUAUUUUAUAAGUUUCUAUCAUGAACAUUUAAAAAAACAAUUACAAAUAUUAAAAUAUUCUGGUAAAAUACCUAGUCUAAAGGAAUUACAUAUCGACCUAUUGAAAUACGGUUAUAUUGGUUUCGCUACACUUUUUAAUGGUUUGUCAAUGUGUUUAUACGAACCUAAGUCUGAAGCGGAAUGUAAUAUGGAUUUAUUAAUGCAUGAUUCCCCCGAAGCAGAAGAAUAUCGUAAAUCGUUAUUUUUAAAUGAUACUUUUAAAGAACAUGCAGAACAAAUUUUGCCCUGGUUGGCAAGAAGAGGACUUUUAGAAUAAUUUUUAAAAUUUAUUGAUUUGAAAAUUGUCUUUUCACGAAAUAAUUUAAAUAAAUUCAAUAUUAAAAACAAUGUUU